AAGCUCAAGUCAAAAACAAAUGGCCGAACCGGCUGAUGUGUUGUAUUUUGAUUAGAUUUUGAAACAUACAACAUAAAUAUUCAUUUUUUGUUUAUUGUAUAAAAUAACAUUUAAAAAUCCCUUUCGUAUUUAUUAAUAUUUUUGUGUGAUUACUCUUCAAGGGUACUGUGAGUUCUUCAUCUAUCUUCCAAGUGAAUUCCCUCAGUAUGAAUUAUAUUUACAGAACUUGAAGGAAGUAGAGUACUAAUCAUUUAUGAAUUCUACAUUGUUAUUGUAAAAUGUAACUUACCAAAGUGGGUAACUGAGUGAUAUAUUUAUUAAUACAAAAUGUGGUUCCUCUACCUUCUAAGUUGGAUUGCUUUAGUAGUCCAGAUACUCUUUAUAACUGUUGCAAUUGCUGCUGGAUUGUAUUACCUAGCUGAGCUUGUUGAAGAGUAUACAGUUUUAUCCAAAAAGAUAAUUUUAUGGAUGACUUUUUGGACACUGGGCUGUUACAUAUGUUUCCUAAUCUUCGAAGAUUUGCCACUGCGAAUGGUGGUUUGCGGCAUUAUCAGUCAAGUCGCACAUCUUUAUAUUUUGCAGACGUUUCCGUUUGUCGCCGUUCUCUCUCCCGCAUUCAUAUCGGCCAUUGUACUUAUCUUUGUCAACCAUUACUUCGCAUUCCAGUACUUUAGCAGUGUGUACUAUUCAUUUUCAGAGGUAAUGGCGUAUUUCACUCUGUGCUUAUGGCUUGUGCCAUUUGCUCUAUUUGUGUCAUUAUCUGCCAACGAGAAUGUGUUACCAACAGUGGCUGAGACUAGACCCCUACUAGGGGGCGAUAACGAUCUUGUCAGCAACUAUUUCUCAAGAAAAAGCAAAAAAUACGGACUUCUAAGUCUGUUUACGUAUGCCAAGCAAUCUAUCCUACCGCAACGGAGUAAGAAGGCCUUCUGAAAGCAGCAAACUUCAAAAUUUAGAAACAAAAACUAAAUAUAAUUUUAAAAACUUUGAAAUAAACUAAGUCCCGCAUCACGUCACAUAAAGCAGCACAUCUAAAAUAAUUUUAGAUUAGAUUUGAUAAGUAAUAUAAUAGAGAAAAGAUAACACAAGAGGAUAAUCCCAUGGUAUAGGGCAUUUAAGUUCCAAUUUUACUUUCCUUGCCCUAUUACCAUAGGUAAGGAAAGUAUUGCCUUCCGAAAAAAAUUCAGGUACCCCAAUUUUCAAAUUUCUAUACGUUUGAAGGUCCCCUGAGUCCAAAAAAUGGUUUUUGGGUAUUGGCCUGUAAGUGUGUGUGUGUGUGUGUGUAUGAGUGUAAGUAUGUCUGUGUACACGAUAUCUCAUCUCCCAAUUGACGGAAUGACUUGAAAUUUGGAACGUAAGGACCUUACACUAUAAGGAUCCGACACGAACAAUUCCGAUUGAAUGCAAUUCAUGAUGGCGGCUAAAAUGGUAAAAAUUAUGUUAAAAACUGGGUUUUUCGUGUUUUUCUCGAAAACGGCUCCAACGAAUUUGAUCAAAUUCAUACCUAAAAUAGUCAGUGAUAAGCUGUAUUAACUGCCACAUAUCUGUAAAAAUGUCAGGACCUCCGCCCCAUCUAUGCAAAGUUUGAUUUUAGAUUUCUAAUUAUCAGGCUUCAGAUACAAUUUGAACAAAAAAUUUCGAGUGGAAAAGAUUAAGCAUGAAAAUCUCUACAAUUAAUGUUCAGUAACAUUUUCACCUAAAAUUGAAAAUAAGCUCGAAAUUCGAGAAAAUGUGAUUAUUCAAUUGCAAACUGUUGGCAACUGUUGAUUCUAUUGAAUCAUUCACUAUUCAUCUCGGGCCACUCCCGUGUUUCGGAUGGACACGUUAAGCCGUCGGUCCCGGCUGCCUAAAAAGCAGUCGUUAGGUCAUGUCAAAGGCCCUGAAAUUGAUCAGUUGCGACCUGAAAACUCUGACACCAGACCUGAGCCAGCCUGACACCAGACCCACCAGUGUGUCUCCAGCGUUAUUGUACUGUCACCAGCUGGCUAAGAUCUUUGAAUAGUGGACUUGAGAUGCGCAUGAACACUAGCGUCAGGUGAUCAAACGGCAAGGAAAGUUGUGUGAGUGCGCCACACCAAAUUUUUAAUGUUAACUCAAGCUGAUAGUCGAAGUAGUUGUUUUUCGUGAAGAUACUGUAUUUGACGCUUGUGGUUUCAUACUGUGUUGUUCUUACACUCUCACCCCAACAAAACAGUAAUAAUAGACAGUGUAGUCGACAGUAAUUGGCUUGAUUUAACAAGAAAUCGGCUUGAAAUCUGGAACAUAAACUAGUCUACCUAUACCAUGGGAUAUCGUCUUGUGCUAUCUUUUGUCUAUGACAAUAUUGGCCCAUAUGAAUAAAACCAGAGCAAAUGCUCAUGAGCAAAAGCAUUAAGCAAAAGGUUUUGCUCAUGAGCAAAAGCAUUUGCUCAUUUUUGAAGCUCACGGAAGCGCUAAAUAUGCAAACAGGGGGCACCGCUUGUGUUUGCGUCGUCUGCUCUAUUUUCUAUAUUUAUGAAUACAGUUUUUGGUUAGUUGAGUUUAGAAUUUUAAAAUAAUAGCGUGAAAAAAUAUCAUCUCUAUAAUAAUCUUCAGCAUAUUCUUAUAAUCGUCUACACUCUCAUAUUCUUAAAUGCCUAUUUCCUAUUUUGUGAUGGCUAUCUUUAUAACAGGUAGCUUUUGUAUUUAUUCUUUUGUAGGAAUAAUGGUGAUAUAAUAUAUCAUAGUUGAAUCUAAAAAGAGUUUUAUAGUUUUACACUAUUGGUUGUGAUAGUAUCUGGUAUAGUUUCCUCUUUCUCAUACGAAUUAGUUGAGCCAUUUUACUAUGAGCAAAAGGUGAUAAGCUGUUCUAGACUAGACUCACCUUUUUUGAAGCAUUUGCUUCAAAAGUUGAGCAAAUGCUCUAGUUUAUUCAUACAAUUUUGAGCAAAUGCUCAAACUAUUCUUUGAUGAGCAUGAGCAAAAGGUUUUGCUCACGUUUACUCAUAGAAAAUGAAGCAAAUGCUCCAUAUUUUAGAAGUAUGAGCAAAUGCUCAACUUUAUUCAUAUGGGCCAUUGACUCCCGCAGCUAUGCGCUUAUACUGUAUUCAGUAGCAAUAAUAUUCAACUGUUUUGUAAAUAAAGUAAUUAGCAGUGUUUGAAUGUUGAUAACGUGUAAUUAAACGGUUUUUUACAAGUA